AUGUCACCGGUCGUCGAUGCCUUCGACGCGGACGCUUCCGCGAACGCGCGCGACGCUUCGACCGUUCCGGUCGUCGCCGACGCGGCUUCGCCUACGUUCGCUGACUUUCUCUCUCCCGAGGCACAGGCGUUCUCGAGCGAGCACGCGGGCGAAAGCGUGCCGGUCGUGCGCGUGCGCGGAACGGCGCGAAGCGGGAGCAAGCUGUGGGGGAUCGCGCGCGCGGCGGUGCGAGAGGACGGACACGCGUCGCGAGACGCGGCGGCUGCGGAGGGGUCGAGGCGGAGACGCAGAGCGAGCGCGGAAUACGAGAGCUUUUUAAGGCCUAUAUUGGAUCGAAUGCCGGUCAAACCGGAGCGAGUGAGCGGCGUGGAUGGCCCGCUGAUGAACGUGACGCGGAUCGACGAUAAGACGCUGGACGUAACGAUGACGACGUCGUUUCGCGCGCACUUCGGGCAAUCGAUACAGGCCAUCGGACGUCGUUCGCCGGCUUUGGCGCUGCCCGAAGCGGAUGGUGGGCGCGCGGAUGUGCAGAGAGAGGGGAAGUGGGGCGAUGCCGGCGGCGACGGGGUGCAGAUAUCUGAGAUUGAUUCGGGUGAGUUUGUUCCUGGUCGCGGCGGGCGGUACUCGGUGAUGACGCCCGAAGACAGUUGGAACGUAGCAGUGGGUGAUAGACGAGCGCCAUCGCCCGCGAUAGGGUGGCACGACGAAGAGGGAUCUUCGAGUGAUGCGCUUCAUACCGAAUUCUUAAUCAAUCCCGACGAUGUGCGAUUGCAGGAGCGAAUCGCGGUCGGUGGUUUUGCCGAAGUGUUUCGCGGCACCUGGCAGGGCACUGUUGUGGCGGUCAAACAACUGUUGGAACGCACGAGCGAGGUGAAGGAAAAGCUAGAGCAAGAGGUUCAGGUAUUGGCAAAGUUACGACACCCGAAUCUUUUGCUCUUCAUGGGGUACUGCGUCGAUCCGCCGCUCAUUUGUACCGAGUUCAUGCGCCGCGGUUCUUUGCACACCAUUCUGAAAGCGGGGAAGCCCCUGGAGCCGGCGAGGAACCACGCUAUCGCCCUGGCCGUCGCGCGCGGGAUGUCGUAUUUGCACUCACGAUCGCCACCGAUCCUACACCUUGAUCUGAAGAGCCCGAACAUUCUUGUCGAUGAGAAGUGGCGCGUGAAGAUUGCUGACUUUGGCUUGGCGCGCAUGCGACAGACCACGCAGAUGAGCGCAAAGAGCCAGUUCCACGGCACCCCCGAGUGGAUGGCACCCGAGAUGCUGCGCGCAGAGGACUACGACGAACACGCUGAUUCCUACUCCUACGGUGUCGUGCUCUGGGAACUCAUCACCGCUCAUAAACCGUGGGAAGACUUGCAUCCGAUGCAAAUCGUCGCUGUCGUCGGCUACUCUGGGCGCAGCCUCGAGCUUCCAUCCGAGGGCUUUCCCGAGAGCUCGCACCCGCUCACGGCGCUCCUCGCCGAUAUAUUCACUCGGUGCGCGCGGAGAGACCCGAGCGCGCGUCCGCUCUUCCCCGCCAUCCUCACCGACCUCGAGCGCGCGAGAGACCUCGCCCGCGCGCGCGCCGAAGCCGCCGGCGCCGACAAAACGGCGGCUCGGAUCCCACCCCGCCCCGACACCGAGAGCGUCGAUCGACGCGCUCUGGGCGUGCAGUUAGAGUACAUUAGCCUAGCCGACGCCGUCGCGUCCACGGAUGCGUCGUCUUAA